AUGGCAGCAGAAAUCCCCAUCCCGGCCGCGUACACCACCUCUCCGCAGAGCGAGAUCCUGGUGACCAACCACCCGCCAUCCGCGCCCGGCGUCACGCCCAUCCUCAUCGCCACCCUCAACCGCCCCAGCAAGCUCAACGCCAUCACGGGCGGCAUGAUCCGCGACCUCAUCACGCUGUUCGAGACCGUCACCGUCGACGACCGCGUCAAGGCCGUCGUCGUGACGGGCGCCGGCAAGGCGUUCAGCGCCGGCAUCGACCUCAGCAUGGACACGAGCGGCCUCCGGGACGAGGCCGUCGGCGAGAUGCGCGACCCGGGAGGGACGCUGGCGCUGGCCAUGUUCAACUGCACCAAGCCCGUCAUCGUCGCGUACAACGGCCUGUCCGUGGGCAUCGGCAUGACGUCUACCCUAGCGGCGGCCAUCCGAAUCGCACCCCGUACCGGCGCAGAGUUUGGCUUCCCGUUCGCCCGCAUCGGCCUCACCAUGGAGUCGUGCAGCUCCUUCUUCCUGCCGCGCAUGGUCGGCUACAGCAACGCGACGUACCUGCUGACCACGGGGAGGCGGUACCCGGCCGCGGCGCCGGUGCUCGACGGCGUCUUCGCGGAGCUGGUCGACGCGCCCGCGGAUGUGCUGCCGCGCGCCCUCGCGCUCGCCGAGGACGUCAUCACCAACGUGAGCCCGGUGGCCGCGUACCUCAACCGACAGCUCAUCUGGCGAAACGCCGGGUCUGCCGAGGGUGCGCACCUGGUGGACAGCCCGCUUCUCUACGACAUGUUUGCCGGGAGGGACCACUUGGAGUUCAAGUCGUCAUUCUUUAACAAGAAGAAGCCGGAUUACAAGGCGACGCUUGCGAUGGAUGCGCCGAGGACGUAUCCCUGGUGGAAGGAGAUAUCGCUUCGAUUGCAGCCAAAGGCCAAGGUGGCGGAGAAGGAGGCGGAGAGUAGCAGGCUCUGA